AUGUCCCCUCCACCUCCCACCACUCCUCAGGCCGCAGGACCACCCCCCAUGGGCAAACCCACAGCCAUUGCCUCAGCCAUCCUUGCUGGCUCAUCCACCAAUAGGAAGAAGAAGGUCCUCAGGCCAUCUCCGGACUCAGAGAACAGAUACCUCGCUAUUUCGGCAGGGAAACGCAAGCGAGGGCGUGAGCGCAGCGUGGAGUGGUGUGCGGGUCAACAGGUUUCGGGGGUCGGCGUCACGGGUCCUCUUCUAGUCACUACCACAGCCUCCGGGUUCACCGCACCUCGACGCAGACCAGCAACGAAGACAGCAUGGAGUACGAUUAUUCUGAUGAUGCCAACAUGGAGCAUAGCAGCAGUGAGAGCAGUACAGAGAGUGAGGCGGGCAUCUAUACUUGUGAUGAAGGACGUGAGGCUGAUGAUGAGCAGAGUGACUGGUUUGCUGAGCCUGAUCCAGUCUAUGGGGUCCUGGCUCAGCUAA